AUCAAAAAUCAAUCUGCUACAAUUCAGGCGACCAAUUCGCGGCUGCAGUAUCGCCGAUCAUCCCCAAUUUCGACCAUUCAUUACCUAAUCGUUGUCCGAUCUUCUCUGGGUCGUCGGAAUCCUGUCUGGAUCGAACACAAUUAAAUUAAUUAAUUAAGAUGAAGGAGAUGAAAUCUGGGAAUCCAUUGCAGCUCUCGUCUGUAAACCACAUCUCCCUUGUCUGCAAAUCAGUUCAACAAUCCCUCGAUUUCUACCAGAAUCUCCUCGGAUUCGCCCCCGUCCGCCGCCCCGGAUCCCUCAAAUUCGACGGCGCCUGGCUGUUCGGACAUGGAAUUGGCAUACAUCUUCUGCAAUCAGAAACCCCUCAGACUAUGACCAGGAAAACCGUCAUCAAUCCCAAGGACAACCACAUUUCUUUCCAGUGUGAGAGCAUGGCGACGGUGGAGAAGAGGUUGACGGAGAUGGGGAUUGAUUGGGUGCGGCAAAGAGUGGAGGAAGGCGGGGUGUACGUGGACCAGCUCUUCUUCCACGAUCCCGACGGCUUCAUGAUUGAGAUCUGCAACUGCGACAACAUCCCCGUUGUACCUUUGGCUGCGGAAAUGGUACGUUCCUGCGACAACAACGGCAUCCCCGCGGUUGUACCUUUGGCUGGAGGAAAGGUACGUUCCUGCGACAACAGCAGCAUCCCCGCUGUUGUACCUUUGGCUGGAGGAAUGGUACGUUCUUGUUCCAGGUUGAAUCUACAGCAACAGCAGAUCCAUGUCCCCGUUGUACAGCUUUAGUUAGAUUGUAGUAUGUAAUUUUUAUUGUUGUUGUAAUUAUUGGCAGCCGUUGGAUCUGGAGGGAUCCUACAAAUCGAACGGCUCAUCCAUUGCCUGUAGUUUUUUUUUUUUUUUUUAAAU